UGAGCAUAAGCAACCUUCACUACUCCCACAAGUGAACAAAUAAGAAAUGCAAGUGACAGUGUUUUUGAAAUUAAAAAAAAAAAAUGAAUAAUCUUAUCAAUGAUUGUUCAUAAAAUUGCUUUUGUCUGCUUAUAACAGGAAGCCCAAAAUGUUCUAUUAAAAAGUCAAAACUCUCAAUUCCCCUUCUCACUUCUCAGCCAAAUUGCAAGAUCUUGAGUGACAAUGGAUGCUGUUGGCUCUAUAUUGGGAUCCUUGAAUUUAUUAUGUGCACCCCUUUCAAGAGAAUUCUCUGUUUUGAAAAAUUUUCAGCAACUUGUAGAGGUAAUUCAUAUCAAGAUGGAGGAACUAAAUGGUCGAGAAAAUGAUGUCAAAAUGGAGAUUGAGAGGGGCAUGCUGGUCCCAAACAAGAAGCUGAAAAGUGAGGCAGAUUUGUGGCUUAAAAAUGUGGAGAAGAUAAGAAAAGAAUUGAGCAGCAUAGAAAAUUGUAUUAGUGAAAAAGGGAAAUGCAUGAAGGGCUGUUUUCCUAAUUGCUAUUCGCGAUACAAAUUAGGCAAGCGUAUUGCAGAAAAGAUUGAAGAAGUUAAUGAGCUUCAGAGAAAGGGAGCAUUUCCAAAUGGUUUGUUUGUUGACCUUUUGCCUGAAACUAGAAAGAAGAUGCCAACAACAUUGAUGGUUGGUAAAACAACACCCUUGAAGGUUUGUCAAGAAAUUUUGGGAUGCUUGUUGGAUGCUAACAUCAGUAAGAUGGGCAUAUAUGGCAUGGGUGGUGUUGGAAAGACAACUAUUAUGAUGCAUGUGAACAAUUUAAUCAUUGAAGACAAGAGUUUUGACAGUGUCAUUUGGGUGACUGCAUCAAAAAUUUUCAGCCCAGAGAAAUUGCAAACUGAUAUAGCAAAAGCAGUUGAUUUGGACCUCUUGGAUGAUAAUAUCGCUAGGAGAUCAACCAUCUUGUUCGACCAUCUGCUGGCCAGGAAAAAGUUUGUACUCAUUCUUGAUGAUUUAUGGUAUAGGUUUUCUUUAGAGGAGGUAGGGAUCCCACAACCAACUAAUGAAAACGGUUGUAAGUUAAUAGUUAUCACUAGACUCUUGGAAGUUUGUCGAGGCAUGGAAACUCACAGAGAAAUCAAAGUCGAUGUCCUCUCUAAAGAAGAGGCAUGGGAUCUUUUCAUUGAUAAAGCAGGAACAGGUGCAAUUCUUUCUCCUGAAGUUGAAGCCGUUGCGAAGCGGAUUCCUGAAGAAUGUGGCUAUUUGCCACUUGCGAUCAUUACUGUGGGACGAGCAAUGAGGAAAAUUGAUAAUGCAAGAGUUUGGAAGAAUGCAUUGGAAGAACUGAAAACUUCAAGAUCAGAAAUUGAAGGCAUGGAAGAAAAUGUCUUUGCACGUUUAAAAUUUAGUUACUACCACUUAAGAAAUGAUAGGGUUCAAGCUUGUUUUCUGUAUUGUGCAUUGUUUCCUGACAAUUACAAGAUUGAUGUUGAGGAAUUAGUGGAGUACUGGAUGGCAGAAGGAUUGAUAGAUGAAGUGGGAGAUAGGGAGAAUGAGAUAAACAAGGCACAUGCAGUGCUUCAGGAACUCAAAGAUGCUUGCAUGCUAGAGAGUAUAGGAACAAAGUGGGUGAAAAUGCAUGAUUUAUUAAGGGAUUUGGCAAUUAAAAUCACUGGGAACAGACCUCGGUUUAUGGUAAAAGCUGGAAUGAGAUUGAGAACAUUUCCAAGGAUAUGGCUGGAGGAUGUUGAAAGGGUGUCCUUGAUGGAAAAUGACAUCACAGUUCUUCCAGAUCGUCCCAAUAGCAUAAAUCUGUAUACUCUGCUCCUGCAACAGAACCCUCUCUCAAAUAUUCCUGCAACUUUCUUUGUGAAAAUGCAUAACCUUAGAGUUCUUAAUUUUUCUGGCUGUUCUAUCAAGUCAAUGCCAGAUUCACUUUCCAGCUUACAGAACCUCCGUGCACUCCUUUUAUGCUUUUCUGAUCUUAAAAAUCUUCCUUCAUUAGCAAUGCUCAAGGAACUGAGGAUACUGGACCUUUCAUAUAGCUUGAUCGAAGAGUUGCCAUAUGGUAUCGAAGGCUUGGUAAAUCUCAGGCGUCUUGAUCUCUCUUAUACAGAGGAACUACAUGUGUUUCCUGCUGGGGCUGUAUCGAAACUACCCUGUCUAGAAAACCUAUCCAUGUUUAAAAGUCGAUAUAGAUGGUCACCAACUUCACAACGAUUGGAUAACGGAGCAAAUCUUGAAGAAGUCACAAGCUCAUCACACUUGACUAGUCUUGGUCUCUCUUUCGAAGAUCCAUACAGCUUCAAUAGCUAUGUGAGGUCUGGGCACUGGCAAUUCCUGAAGAGCUACCAUAUCGGUAUAGGACAUUUGUCAAGCUUUUUACCUGUUGCUAAAGACACUUAUAGUGUAGAAAUUCAAGGUUGUGACCUUAUUUCCAGUGAGAGUUGUAUCAUGAUCCCAGACAACACUCAGCAGUUGGCACUACAUGGUUGUCAUGAUUUUGAUAUUCUGUCAAAACUGUCAAGUAUAUCAAAACUAGCUGACUUAAAGGAAUGUUAUGUCUCCAGUUGCAUUGGGUUGGAGUGCAUCACAAUGGCUGAUGAGAAUUCUUUUCCAAGCCUCAAAUGGUUGGUCCUGCAUAAGCUGCACAACCUGAAGGCUCUGUGCGAUGGAUACGUGGCAGGCUGCAAUGUCCUGUUCAGUUUGAAAACUCUGCAUAUCUAUAACUGUAAUAGGCUCAGGCGCCUAUUCUCAGUUGGUCUUUUACGGUGUCUCCAAAAUAUUGAAGAAGUUGAGGUAUGGAAUUGUAGUUCGAUAGAGGUGAUAAUUGAUGAGGAGGAAAUAACCUGCGGAGACAAUAGCAAUACCUUACCUAGCGUGUCACUUCCAAGGUUACUUCGAUUGUACUUAUCAGCAUUGCCUGAAUUGAAAAGCAUUUCCAGAAGAUUAUGUGUCUGUAACUCCCUGGAUUCUAUUGAUGUAUUGGACUGUGGAAAGCUAAAGAGGCUCCCUUUUUCUGUGGAGACCUUGCCUUUGUCCGUCAAGCACAUCAGGGGAAGUAGGAAAUGGUGGGAUGAGUUGGCUUGGGAUGACCCUAAUGCUAAGAGUUCUUUACUGCCUUUCUUUAAAGAAGAUAGGUAAAAAGUACAUGAUAUUGUCCACAAAUUUUUUUUUUUCAGAUUAUAAUUACAAAUUGAUUUUUUUAAAAAAUAAUCCUUUGUAAAAAUGUAAUGUAAACCAUUAGAUGAAAACCUUUCGUGUGAUAAUUACUAUAGCAGAUUGAAACCAAGUUUGAUUUUGUGA